UGUGUUUUUUAUUCCUAGAUUUAGUUUACGAACACAGUGAUUUAAAACUGUGCAAGAUUUAAAAUAGUUAAGAAGUAGAUUUCAUUUUAUCUUAACUUUUUCUCGUCCGUAAAACAACGAAAAGAAAAGAUACCGCUGUUGUAUAAGAAAAACAUAACUGAAAAAAUGCAUUCGUCAAAAUGACUGGUUGGACAUCUACCCACAAAUAUUUACUUGUAUAGUAAAUUCAGAAACUUUAGACACUAGGAUGGGUAACUCGAAAACACUUAAGUUUUACAAAUAAUGAUGCCGGGAUAAUGAGCAGAGGAGCUACUUCCUGUAAAUACUGACACAAGUUACAGUGUGAUGAACCUGUCUGACUGGCUUUCCUUUGUUCCCAUCCCAGCCUGGACAGUGGUUGCCUUGGUAACCAUCUUGCUAUUUUCGGCUUUCAUAGAGAUGAUUAGACCGUGCGGUGCUUCUCCGACUGUGCAUUACAAAGACUCCACGUUCUCCCGCUUCCUUUUGAAGAACGUCCCCCGGUUCAACUAUCCCUACAUGCCGCCAUGCUGGGCUAAGCACCCAGACGUUCAGACACUCGUGAGGAUUUACGUCAUGUACCAGGGUGAAACUAGGUUCGAACGUCAGUUUCUUCAGAUGAAGGAUCGAGGAGUAAUAGCUUUAGACUGGGCCUUGGGGGAAGCAUCAACCUUCAUAAUGAGAAAGUCUCGGCCGGUGAUCAUUCUCCUACCGGAUUUUAUGACAGACGCCCGUAAUCUGGCUUAUACAUGCCAAGAGGCUGUUCGCCAAGGUUUUCAACCAGUAGUUUUCAACCGAAGAGGUCAUGGCGGUAGUCCACUGACUACUCCUCGACUACAGUCCUACGGGGAUCCUUCUGAUUUUCGCCAAGCGGUAAAGUAUGUUCGGAACAAGCUACCUCACGGCCAUGUGACGGCCAUCGGGUACGGUGCUGGUGCUGACCUCCUCUUGGCUUAUCUAGGAGAGUUUGGUUCAUCAGCGCACCUGGCGACUGGAGUAGCCAUCUCACCUCUUUUUGACCCUGAGCGUCUUUACACAGGUUUCAUGCCGCAACCAUACGAACUUCUCAACCUUCUAGCCGGUAAGAGGUUAGUGGCUACCCACGGAGAAGGACUGAGAAGGACAGUUGACAUCCAGCAGGCCCUUUGUAGUCGAAAACUGGAAGAAUUAGAGAAACAUAUCUAUUGGAAAAUGGCCGGUUGCGAAAAUGCUGAACAGUACUGGGAGAAAAACGCUCCCUUGCGGGAUGCUGAUGACAUCUCUACGCCGGUGUUAUGUAUCAUCAGCCGGGAUGACCCUUUGGUGGUAGAUGAAGCUAUACCAUAUGAUGUAUUUCAAGUUUACCCUCAAAUGUUAUUGGUCACUACAGACUAUGGUGGUCACUGUGGGUUUUUAGAAUGGGGUUUGGAAGGUCUUCGAUCUUGGGCUGAUUUAUUAGCACUAGAUUUCGUAGGAUCUGUUUUGGAUUUCUCUUCGAAAGAACAACGUGGGUUUAAAUCGGCUACUAGGUGAAGGAAGCUUAAGCCUACACAACUACAAUAGUGGUGAAAUGUUUGAUUUGUUUUGCAUUUCAUCCAAAGCUACACGAGGGCUAUCUGCACUCUAGCCGUCCCUAAUUUAGCAGCGAUAGACUAAAGGGAAGGCAGCUAGUCUACACC